AUGGCCUCCAACGAAUACUAUCACACGAACAUCCCACAACCCCCCAGCUACGACCAAGCUGUUCCCGGGAAGACAGAUCAACCCCCGCACACAGUUCCUGGAUUUGGCUACGCGAGCCCAAGUCACAACCACGACGAUCCCUCAACCCCUUAUCACAACCGAGAAAGCCAACAGUCAUUUGCAUCAGACAAUGGGCAUUACCAGACAGCCGGACGGGCAACGGAAGGCGACAACUACGCAGAGAACAUCCCUUUGAAGACCAACACCCAGUAUGGAAAUAAUCCAGAAUGGAUGCGCCAACAGACGCAUUACCCCCCAUCACCAGGGGGUCUUGAGGAUAGCCGACAACGUGAUAUGCGAAAGAAGAAGGGGUUUUUUAGCAAGAAGAUUGCCUGGGUGACAUACAUCUUGACAUUAGCCCAGAUCAUCGUAUUUAUUAUCGAACUCGUCAAGAAUGCCCAGUUGACAGGGUCAGUCAUCGAGACAAAACCCACCUUCAAUCCGAUGAUCGGGCCCUCGCCGUACGUCCAAAUAUACAUGGGAGCACGCUACAAUCCGUGCAUGAAGAACGUUAAGGGGAUCCAGGAUGCCAAUUAUACCAUUCCGUGGCUCUGCCCAAAUGCCACAUCGACGACGGUGACGGGAACGGGAUGUUCACUGUCUGAAGUGUGUGGCUUUAGCGGUGUUCCCAACCCCCAUAUUGGAGGGUCAACGGAUGAUCAGCCGGCUCCCAACCAGUGGUACAGAUUCAUCGUCCCCAUCUUCAUGCACGGAGGAUUCAUCCACAUCGGAUUCAACCUGUUGGUUCAGAUGACUAUGGGCGCGGAUAUGGAGCGCAUGGUUGGCAUGUGGCGCUAUACCUUGACCUACUUCGCCAGUGGUAUCUUCGGGUUCGUUUUAGGUGGAAACUACGCCGCGCAGCUCGAUCCUAGUGAUGGCUGCUCGGGUGCCCUAUUCGGUAUCCUUGCACUUUACCUUCUUGACCUGCUGUAUGACUGGCCCCAGCGCGAAUCUCCGUGGGUUGAGCUUAUCAUCAUGGUCCUCGGAGUGGGUGUCUCGUUUGUUCUUGGUCUUCUCCCAGGAUUGGACAACUUCUCCCACAUUGGUGGCUUCAUCAUGGGUCUCGCCAUUGGCAUGACUAUCAUGCGGUCACCUAACGCUCUCCGCGAGCGGAUUGGUUUGGCACGCCAGCCAUAUGUUGCCAUGAGCGGCGGAGCUGGCCAAGCUGGCCCCGAGCAAAAGACCACCUCCUUCAUGGAUUUCUUCAAGGGCAAGCGAGGCCUCACCUCUAGCUCGACAGAGACUCCCGGUUCUACAAGCGGCCCGCUCAACUUCUUCAAGGGCCGCAAGCCUCUUUGGUGGCUGUGGUGGGUAGUCCGUGCCGGCGCCCUGGUUGCGGUCCUCGUUGGUUUCAUUAUGUUGAUUGUCGAUUUUUAUAAAUACCCCUCCACGAACUGCUCUUGGUGCUAUCGGUUGAGUUGUCUGCCCGUCAAUGGCUGGUGUAAGCAGAACAACCUGCCGGUCUCCAGUGCGACAGGCAGCAAUUGA